CACACUACUCAAAACUUGGAACGAUGGAGAGUGUUGUAGAAGAAGAAGAAGAGGUGAGAAGGAUUGUGACUGAUGAAGAAAAGCUAGAAGCCAAAAAUUUCAACGUAUUCGAUCUCCCUGACGUACCUAAAGGACUUCCUCCGCAUCUCGAACUCCAGCGAACUCGUGUUGUCUGCGAAGUUGGUGCUCCUUUACAUGCCACGGGUACCAUUUACUCGGGUGCCUAUAUCUCUUCGGGAGUUGACAACAGUGUGAAUCUAGAAAACUUCUCUGAGAAUUUCAAAGUUGAUGUGAUUAGUCUCACAAAGACAGAUAUGGUAUUCGAUAUGAUUGGUAUCCCUCCAGGAAUUGCUAAUGCUUUCAGAAGAAUCCUCUUAGCUGAGCUUCCUUCAAUGGCUAUUGAAAAAGUGUUUGUAGUAAACAACACUUCUAUUAUUCAAGACGAAGUUCUUGCUCACAGGUUGGGUCUUAUUCCACUUGUAGCUGAUCCGAGGCUCUUUGAAUAUUUAUCCGAAAACGAUCAGCCAAAUGAAAGGAACACCAUUGUUUUCAAACUCCAUGUGAAAUGUCCAAAAGGUGACCCGCGUCGUAAAGUUUUAAGUAGCGAAUUGAAAUGGUUACCAAAUGGGAGUGAGCUUCUCAAAGAAUCAGCAGGAGGUUCAACCACAAAUCCAAAAACUCAUACUUCAUUCAGCCGCAGCCAAGAUUCCUUCCCUGAAUUUGCAGAUAAUCCUAUCAUGCCGAGCUUUGAAGAUAUCUUGAUAGCAAAACUCGGCCCUGGCCAGGAGAUUGAGCUUGAAGCUCAUGCGGUUAAGGGCAUUGGUAAAAUACAUGCAAAGUGGUCUCCAGUAGCUACGGCUUGGUAUCGAAUGUUUCCUGAGGUGAUUCUACUAAAGGAAUUCGAGGGUAAACAUGCUGAAGAACUCGUAAAAGUCUGCCCCAAGAAAGUUUUUGACAUUGAAGAGAUGGGCCAAGGUAGAAAAAGGGCAACCGUAGCUCGGCCGCGUGACUGCUCCUUGUGUAGAGAAUGCUUAAGAGAAGGAGACGGAGCAAUAGAAGGAGAAGCAAAAUCAAAAGGAAAAGCAGAAGCAAAAGGAAAAAGAGAAUGGGUGGACCAAGUGGCUCUGCGCCGUGUCAAAAACCAUUUUAUAUUUACAAUCGAGUCUACCGGAUCACAGCCUCCGGACGUGCUUUUCACAGAAGCAGUGAAGAUAUUGGAAGACAAAUGUGAAUCUGUAAUCUCUGAACUCUCUUGAGCAAAGAGGUCGUAUAGGUUUAACUCUACCCGUUUAGUUCAGUUUUGGGUUUUGUAUCGAGAAUUUAUACGAAGAAUACUGACAUUUAGUUCAGUUUGUGGGUUUUUGGUUCGACAAUCGGUUCAAAUUAGAAUUCAUGUGAACGUUGAAGAGAAA